UUCCGGUCCCGUCCGGCUCCGACACAUCGGAGGAGGGAGUGGGCUCAACCGCACCGGACUGGACCGAGAUCGCAGCUGGCCCCGUCGACCCAGCCGCCAUGAGACCGCACCUCCACUUUGUGGUUGACCCCAUGGGCUGGUUCUGCAUCAGUGUGGUGUUUGCGAUCUGGCUCUACAACAGUGUCUUCGUGCCCAUGCUGAUUCUUCUACCUCACUACAGAGAAGGACACAUCCCCCUGGCUGUCAUCAUCUGUUAUUAUGCUGCAUCAGCAUUCUGCGUCCUGGCCUUGUUCAGAGCUUCCACUGCAGAUCCUGGUCGUCUACCUGCUGACCCUCACAUACCCCACUCAGAGCGCCAUCUAUGGGAGCUGUGCAACAAAUGCAACUUAAUGAGGCCGAAGAGGUCCCAUCACUGCAGCAGGUGUGGACACUGUGUACGCAGGAUGGACCACCACUGUCCCUGGAUAAAUAACUGUGUGGGGGAAGACAACCACUGGCUGUUCCUGCAGCUCUGCUUCUACACUCAAGUCCUCAGCCUGUUCACGCUGCUGCUCGACUUCUGUCAGUACUACUACUUCAGCCCGCUGACAGAACUGAACCCGGACGAGUUUACUACCAAACAUGAGCUGGCUCUGGUGCGGGUUUCAGCUCUCAUGGGUUUGGUCAUGUUUGGUGGCAUGAGCGGUUUGUUCUAUAGUCAAAUGACGGGCAUCCUCGCGGACAUGACCACCAUUGAGAGGAUGUCUACCUUCUCCACUGAAGUAUCUGGCUCGAAGCGGUCGUGGCAGUGGGCACUGGAGGAGGUUUGUGGAACCCGCUGGAAGGUCUUGUGGUUCCUUCCGGUUCGCAGCCGCAAGUCUCUCAGGAGUGGACGUCACUUUCGCGGCCUCGUAUGAAACGACAAGCUACUGUCAGGUCGAUCUGCACACACGAACCUUUACUAAGCUGCGACUUGUGAGUGAGGCGGGGUGGAUCGCUCGAGUGGACUGUUGGAGCAGCACUGAUGCAGCUGAACUAAGCAGUGCCUUGUCUCUGUUCCUCCGUCUCUUGCAUUGGUUUGAAAAGGCAGAAGCUCUCGCUGGAAGCCUUCGAACAAAAUGACGUUGUUAGAAUUUUAUCUCAAAACAUUGCUGUUUCAGACGUUAAGACCUGUUUGUCAGGUACAUUCACAAAACAUGUUUACUCACUCAUACCUCUGAAGUUAAGUUCCUGUAGGAUGUUAUCACUGUUGUUACUAUUUGUUUACAAGGUUGCUCCGGUGUCUUUUAAUCACUUGCGUUUUCUGCACAUUGUCUAUGCUGUCACAACUGCUGAUUCUGUGUGAAUUACAGGUAAAGGAAGGCGUGGACGUCCAAUUUAAAUCCUCUAUUGUAUUGUAUUGAUCAGGGACAAGACGAGAGACGAUUGAGAAAAUCGCUUUUGUUUUUGCUGUUUGUGUGAGUGCGUGUGGUCUUGUUUAGGAUGGUUAGGUUUUUGUUGGGAGAAGCUGGGGGAAGCAUUAUGGCAAUGAGAAACCUCACAAUGGCCCCACAAAGGUAUAAAUACAAUUGUGUGUGUGUGUGUGUCUAUAAGCCAAAGAUCAGAGACAGAGUGGCAUAUUCACUCUGUUCAUUUAUCCAAAACGUGCACUGAUGUUUGUUCUGGCACUUUUAAGUAAAUGUUUUUCAUCAAUUAAUGUACAUUUUUUAUUUGUUUUUAGAGUGACAUUUGAGUUUUUCUUGUGUCCUGGGGUGUGGCUCGUGGAUAUUAUACUAUGUUAAAAAAUUUUUUUUUUACGGUAAAGCAAUAAUGUUUGUUCAUCAAUUUAUCUAAGAUUUAUGCUUCUCUAUAUUUGGUGGUGUGAACUGAGGGUUUCACUUGUUGAGCCCUGUAUUAUAGUGAUCAGUCUACUCUUCAUCACUCCGUUAGUCUUCAUUGCGCCUCUGAACACUGUUCAAAUAAACCAAAAUUUACUCAGUCCAGGUGUCGCCUUUGAGAGAGAACUCUGAUUGUAUCUUGCAGUGAACUGCAUGUCGCUUGUGACAAACCCAUGAGGAAACACGAAAGUGUCCUUAUUUCCAGAUUCCAGUGGGUGGCACUCUCUGCUUUAAAAUCUUUGGAUUUGUACAACCAGUUCAACGAAACCUUUCAUCACUAUUGAACCAAGAGCGCCUCCUACUGAGCUCUGAGAAUGAGCAGGGGAAUCAGCCCAUAUCUCCCAAUACUUCCAUGUACUUCCAUCCACCUCUCAGUUAAGCCAUUUGUCUGUUCAUCCUUGAGUCAACUCAAUAAUUCAAUCUCCACAAACCAGUGUGGAAAUGUGAUAAUACACCUUCCUUUUUCACAAAAAGUCCACCCUUCAAUAAGUUCAGUUUCUUUGUCAUCCCUCCAAAAAACACAAUCCUGCCAUCUGCCUUUAUAUUCAUUUACAAAAAAUAUGUAUCCACCAUUCUUGAAUCAAUCCAACUAUAAAUCCAUUUGGAGUUCUAACCAUCUGUCUUCACCAGCAGUUCAUCAAUAUAUCCAUCCUUACAGAUGGAAUGAUGGGUCUACACUUCUGUCAUGAAUUGUCCAUCUAUCCAUUCCCCUGUAAAUCUUACAAUCCUUCCAUGUAUCAAGAGACCAACUCCCUAUACAUGUUUUCUUAAAUCCAGUUUCCCAUCAAUCCAAACACAGCAAACUGUUCACUCUUUAAACAUUGAUCUUUCCUGCUAUCCUUAUGGUCAACUAGCAACCCACCCACCCUCCCUUCUCCAACAUUCUAUCUAUCCUUCCUUUUACAGUAUAACCUGCACCUCAUUCCCCUCAAUUUGUCCAGCCAGCUGAAGUCUCUUAAUAGAACAGUAAUAAUACAAUUAUUAGUCCAAGAGAUGAAAGCCUUUGUUGGUCCCUGGAUCUGUUUAACUUGUUCAACUGUUCAACUUGCACUUGAAGAUCCUACUAUCAUCACAAGCUUGGCUCCAUCUUGUCCAUGUCUUCGCCUGUCUCUGUAUGUUUCUGGUGCUUUACUGUCUCCUCAACUUCAUUAUCUCAUAAGAUCAUAAAUAUCAUAAAGCACUUUCUGUGUAACCUUUUCAUUACUUCAUUACUCUUUUGGACAUUUCCACCAGAUAGUUUUCACUACUUUAUACAAACCUCAGCGUCCAUCAGAUUCUCAUUCAUCCUUCUAAAAAUCUGAAUCUCCAUCUACAUCAGGUGUCUCAAACUGAUGCAGUAAAAAGCCACAGAGUAGCCCGACUAGCAAUUGGUUUAUUCCAGUCUUCUGAGUGGUGAAAAGACGUUCUCUUGACUGUUUGGAACAGAAGCCUGCACCUACUGUGACCAUUUUGUGGAUCGGUCAGAGACCCCUGGUCCGCCUAAUGAAUGUAUGGAUUUUAAUUUCAUGAGAUUGCAUUGCCUUAUUCAAACGUUGAUCAUCUUAAGUUUGGUUCAAUAUAUUUCACAAACUUCUAAAAACAUUUUCCAGCUCUAAAAAUGAAAUGUAUGACAGCAAACAUUGUUUAACAUUAAGCCAUCAUUGUCAUAAUAUUUGACCCACGGUCCUCUGAGAGCGUGUCUCCCUCAGUAAUUAAUAAUUGGCUGCUUGCUUUGUGUCGCUAAUCUGCUCGUUCAGCUGCGAGGAUCCAACCAAAGACCGGCUGUCACUUCCUGCCAUACAACAAUAGGGCCCACCACGUCCCCCUACCUGGGGCCGGGUCAGUGGUGGCUUGGCGUGUUGCACCAGACAAGGAUUAGGGCAGAAAUUAUAAUCUGCUAUA